UGUAGAUAAAUCGCGUUAUCUUGAUCUAUUGUAUAAGAAUCGAAUAGCAUGCAAUAUUUCUGGCUAGCUUAAACAUGUAUAAUUAAUAUGGCCUUAAACUAUGGAAUGAACCUUAUUUUAGGAUGUUGUGGAUGUUGUAGCGCAUUUAGGCCGCGUUAUAAGCGUUUGGUGGAUAGUAUUUUCCCGGUCUAUCCUCAAGAUGGUCUCGUUAAGAGCAAUAUGGAAAAACUUACGUUUUACUCACUUAGUUCACCUGAAAAACUGGAUAGGAUUGGGGAGUAUUUGUACCAAAGGGCUGCAAGAGAAAUAUAUAGAAAAAAAUACGGAUUUGUAAUAAUUGCUAUGGAAGCCAUGGAUCAACUAUUACUAGCGUGUCAUGCACCUACACUGAAUCUUUUUGUUGAAAGUUUUCUCAAAAUGGUUCAAAAGCUACUCGAAUCAACAGAACCAGACCUGCAAAUACUAGCCACUCAAUCUUUUGUAAAAUUUGCGAAUAUAGAAGAGGACACCCCUUCUUAUCACAGACGAUAUGACUUUUUCGUAAGCAAAUUUUCUGCCAUGUGCCAUAGUGGAGACACCAAGGAUGUGAGAGAUAAAAUAAGAACUGCUGGAAUAAAGGGAUUGCAAGCAGUAGUGCGGAAAACAGUUUCAGAUGACUUAGUGGAAAAUAUUUGGGAACCUGUCCACAUGGAUAAGAUUGUUCCUAGCUUGCUAUUUAAUAUGCAGGAUUCAAGCUUCCAUAAAGAACCACCACAUGGAGAUACAAUUCCAGAGGACAGUGUUGAUCCCCCAAUGCUUGCUGAAACUUGCAUGAGGGAGCUAGUAGGCAGGGCUUCCUUUGGCCAUAUUAGAGCAGUAUUAAAGCCCGUUUUAAGACAUUUCGACCUCCACAAGUCGUGGGUUCCAAAUGAGUUUGCCAUUCACACAUUCAGGAUUAUAAUGUUUUCAAUUCAGGCCCAGUAUUCUUAUACUGUGGUGGAAACUUUAAUGGAUCAUCUGGACGAAAAUGCGAAAUCAAGCCCCACAAUUAGAACCAGCAUCGCGGAAGUAUUGUCUAAAAUAAUUGCUAUUGCUGCCGGUGAAAGUGUUGGUCCAUCGGUUCUGGAAAUAAUAAAUUCCCUGCUAAAUCAUCUGCGGGACUCGGUGAAAAAUGGAACAAUCCAAGCAGAAGAAAGGCAAUAUCAGGAAGCGCUAAUAAACGCUCUAGGAGAAUUUGCAAAUCAUCUACCGGACUAUCAAAAGAUAGAAAUAAUGAUGUUUAUUAUGAGCAAAAUACCUUUUCCGCUUGUUGAUAAUCAGACACCUGCCGAUAAUAUGCUGCAGAGCAUUUUACUUAAAAGUUUACUAAAGGUCGGCACAAAAUACCAAACAAUUCAUUUCAACACAACCUUCCCUGUGUCCUUCCUUGAACCUUUAUUGCGAAUGUCUUUAGCACCCGAUCCAGAAAUGAGACUCUUAGUUCAGAAAAUAUUCCAUACGCUUUUGGAUAGACAUGGAAAUUUGGAGAAGUUACAUAAACCAACGCUAAACAUCGUUGAUUCCGAUUUGAACGUUGAGAAAUCGUCACGACCCGACCUUAUCUUCAUUAACAAGCAUGGGCCCACCAUAUAUGACGCCUUAUAUACAAGUCUUCAAAUGGAUUCAAAUACUCCUGACAAUAUUGAAGCCAUUUAUACAACUCUAGGUUUACUGUGUGUUGAAUUAGCAAGUACAGAAACAGUUAUUGACUUGUUGCAACUGUUGCUGGGCAUCCAAAAUUUGGCUCUAAACUCGACCACGCUAUCUUAUGCGCAAAAAUUCAAUCUACAUGCUUUGGUAAUCAGCCUGUUGGUAUUAAUAUCAGAUGUGAUGAACAUUCAGUCUCUGUCUGAUUACUCCAGUCGAUUAAUAGAAGCAAGAAGAGAAGAAGCUUCUUACUGUUUACCCGAAAUGUUAACGCAGUAUCCUGCUCACUGUGAAUCUAUUAGUAAAAUGCCUCAUUUGUUGGUCGAUCAGAUGGCGGUGUGUGAGUACUUAAAAGCAUCCGGAAUAGAUCCUUCUCGUUUAGCACAAACUUCACCAUAUGGAGCAGGAGGUCCAGGUGCUAUAGCAGGAAGUCAAAGACAUAGUUGGAUGGAAGCUGGCGCUCGUGGAAGUAUAAUGGAAAUUCCGUCUGUACACGAAGUGGAUAGUGCAGCGAGCUCGCCUGGCGUCACAAGAAAAUUACCUGAGGAAGGUUUAAGUUUUGAAAGUAUGAAAAAGGUUCUGAGUGAACCUCCCGAAAUCCGAAAGGAAAGUGAGGCCGAAAAGAGGAAGCAAAUUAGUCAUACAUUUAGAACUGCGACGUUUUCCGAAUUGGUUAGACUAACUCAGCCUAAGCAUGAUCUGUUACAAAAUAAACUCAACGAAAUAUUCAAGUCUUUAACCACAGCCGAGAGCAGUAGUACAACAGACGAUCCGAAGAAACUUUCCAAAUGUGAAGAAAGUUUUCCAGAACUUUUUUAUUAUUAGACAAGGUAAGUUUAUCCAGGUGAUAGUACAUAUUAGAAAAUCGGGUUUAUGUGGUAUCUGUUAAAUAGGAACGUAUUUAUAUUUUCGAAUAACAUACUUUUUUACUCCGAUUUCUUGGGUUUAGUAAUACAAUUAUUUGCCGAAAUGUGCGGAAAUGACAAGUAUGUAUUGAAACUACUUCACAAUGUUCCAAAAUCGAAUCACUUAUGUUGAAAGCGAUCAAAAAAUAAUUGUUUCGUUGCUUUGCACUCUAAAUAAUUUAAAAGCAAUUAAUUGUGAUAUUCCUGUUUGUGGAUCUUUAAAUAAUAUUUUUAUGUGGCGUAACUAAAGUAUUUAAAUUGUAUUAAUAAAUAUCGGUUUAUGUUUAACCAAUAGAUGUAGUAAUCGUAAAAAAUAUUUAGGUAGACAUCUAAAUAAAAUAUAUGUUAAAAUUAAAAGUCUCAAAAGUUAAAAAAUCA